AGGCGGUGUCACCUUGCUUUCAACCAUCCACCGAAUCAGCCAGCUCGACCUCAACGACGCCCGGACGCGCUUGGAGUCGACAGGAUAUCACUUCUAGACCACUGGGGACGCCGCUGUAGACGGGAAAUCGGGCAUGUCAACACACGCUUUGGCGCGCGAGGCGCAUCGACGCGGGUUCACCAUUAGUCACCAAAAAGUUGUCUUGGAGAUUGACUUUGGGGGGAUACUAUGGGGCUACACGGAGCUCACCAUCUAUCCCACGACCAAGGACCUGAAGACGAUUUACAUGCACUCGAGGCAAUGCACCAUCCAGAAAGUCACAGUCGGCGGCCACCAAGCGGAGUUCGUCCACAAUGAUUACAUCGCCAACAUUGCGCUCCAAGGAGAGAACUGCAACGAUCCUCAUCGGCACGCCGAGCUCAAGCGCAAGGUGUACUCUGCCUAUCAAGACAGCGACGAAGGCGAGCUGUCAAUUGCCAUUCCCAGCCAAGUUUCUCUUCGCGCCUCAAGCGCCUCGAUGCCCGGUACCCAGGGGACUACCACCGCCACACCUGAGCCGCACACCCCUGGGGGCGCCCACGCUCAAACCGCAACAGAAUUCGCCCCCAUCAUUAUCAACAUAGCCUACUCGCUUCGUAAUCCAGCGGACGGUUUCCAGUUCGUUCUGCCGUCCGACGCGCACCCAUACCGUGUUCCGCAUUGCUAUACCACCCCCUCUUCACCCGAUGCCGCUCGAUGCUGGGUUCCGUGCAUCGACAACAUGUGGGAGAAGUCCACUUGGGAGUUUGAGAUCGUAGUGCCACGGUACUUGGAGGAGGUAGAUCCAGACGAGGAGACUGGCGAGACCUCCGCGAGUCCAACAGUGGUUGUAUGCAGUGGUGAGCUAAUGGAACAGGUCGCCCACCCCCACAACUCGAACAAGGUCAUCUAUGUAUUCUCGCAGCCUGUCCCGACGUCUGCGCAGCACAUUGCUAUCGCCGCUGGGCCGUUCCACGUCAUGCCCAUUGCUCCCGAUGCGUCUGCAGACGAUGCCACCGGAAGCACCCAGACGCCCAUGCAUGCCUUCUGCCUUCCCGGGCACGAGGCAAUGCUGGCAGCGACCACAUCUUCUCUGCGCUCCGCCAUGAGCUUCUACUCCACGGAAUGCGGCUCCUAUCCGUUCGGCUCGUAUAAGGUCGUCUUCGUGGACGAGAUGCCAAAGCAGCGAUUUGACAGCGCCACAUUAUCUUUGAUCACGGUCGACUCCCUUCAUGGCGAAGACGCCAUCGAGCAGGCUUACGAAGCUCGUCAUGUCCUGGCGAUGGCGCUAGCCAGUCAGUGGAUCGGCGUCAACAUCCAGCCAAAGCAAUUCUGCGAUACCUGGCUGGUCAACGGUCUCGCGUUGUACAUCGCCGGCCUGUUUAUGAAGAAGCUACUCGGUACAAACGAAUAUCGCUUCCGGUUGAAGAAGGACAUGCAGCGCAUCCUACGAAUGGACACUGGCGCUCAAAAGCCGAUCUGCCAGCCUACGCACGUCGAACCUCCCGACGCCGCAGACCUCCCCUUCAUCAACCUCAAGGCUCCCGUCGUCCUUCACAUCCUUGACCGCAAGCUCGGCAAGUCGGGCACCUCACUCGGUCUGAGCCGUGUGCUCCCAAAGAUCUUCCUCGCUGCCAUGAGUGGGGAGAUUCAAGAGAACGCGCUCUCGACGAGCUACUUCUUGCGCGUAUGUCGGAAGGUCAGCGGGGUGGAUGUGCGCGGGUUUGCGGAGCAGUGGAUCUAUGGGAGCGGCUGCCCGUCGUUUGCCUUCCAGGCGACGUUCAACCGGAAGAAGAUGGCGGUGGAGAUCACGAUGCGGCAGGAGUGUCCUGCGUACAAGGCACACGAGGGGAACGCGUUUUCGAUGGAGCAGUUCAAGCCUGCACCAUUGUUCGAGGGGCAAAUGACGAUCCGAAUACACGAAGCGGAUGGCACGCCCUACGAGCACGUCCUCGACAUUCGCUCCAACUUCAAGCGCUACGACGUUCCAUUCAACACCAAGUACAAGCGUGUGCGGCGAAAUACGAAGCGCUACCUCGCUCGGCAAGCGGCUGCCCAAGCCGCAGCCGAGGGCGACGCGGACGCCGCCGAAGCCAUGGGGCUCAUCGACAUGGGCUUCGGGCUGGAGAUUUGGGAGAAGGAGGAUGAGCGCGAGAAUUGGAAGGUCGCGGACUGGACGGAGGAAGAGGAGCAGCAGAUGAGUGGCGCGACGUACGAGUGGAUCCGGAUGGACGCCGAUUUCGAGUGGAUUGCAUUCAUCUCGUUCGACCAGCCCGACUUCAUGUGGGUUAGUCAGUUGCAGAGGGACAGAGACGUUGUGGCGCAGCUGGAGGCGAUUUAUGCCCUUUCGAGGACACCGACGGCGAUUGUGUCGAGCACCCUGACCAGGACGGUGCUCGUAACCAACUACUUCUAUCGCAUUCGGUGCGAGGCGGCUCUGGCGCUUGUACACUGCGCUGUUAGGCGUACGGAAUUCUUGGGCUUGUUCCACCUUUUCAAGCUCUUCCUCCGUUACUGCUACGACACGGAGGACCCGAAGCAGGACUUGUUCAAGCACAGCUACGUGCCCAAGCCCAACGACUUCUCGGACAUUGCCGAAUACUUCGUGCGAAAGCACCUUGUCACGGCUAUCGCUCGGGUGCGGUUUGAGAAUGGGAAGACCCCGCCCGUUGUUCGCCAGUUCCUGAUCGACCAGCUCAAGUUCAACGACAAUACGACCAACGCGUACUCGGAUGCCUUCUACAUCUGCACGAUCAUCGACGGACUCGCGUGCGCAACCACGUCGACUGCGCCUCCGGAGCGCGGCGAGCUACUUCCCACGGAGGGUCGUGCGGAGCUCACCACGGAGGACGUCCACCUGCUCAAUGAGGCGAUGUCAGAGAUCGAACGGUACCAGGAAAUGGACAAGCUCAUUCCCUCACCGCACAACGUCGUAACCGUGGCGGUCAUCGAGUUCUAUACGGUCCUAAUGGUGGCGAACUACAUCCCAAGCCACCCGUACAGGUUCUUCUUUUACACGCGCGACGGCAAUUACACGCAAGUGCGCAUCGCCGCGUUUGACGCCCUGUUCUUGAUGAAGUGGUUCAACCCGGAGAUCAUGGAAUACCUCUUCUCGGUUAUGCUUUACGAUCCCUCCAGGGUGAUCCGGCGGCAUGUCGCGCGCAACUGUUGCACAAGCCUUGCGUUGCUCGUUCAGAUGGGCGACCUCAAGUCCGGUGCGAAGGAGGCUGAGCAGUUGCUCAUUGAAGAGGACGGCUCGAUGGCGCAGGAAAGGAUCAAGGAGGCGAGGAAGACCGAGAUGGACACCAUCUUCAAGAUUCUGAGGAAGGAUAGAGAAAUCGGCAAGAACGAGACGUUGCGGCAGUUCCUCAUCCCCCUCAUAAGCGCGCCGGAGUUGGACUAUGAAGUUCGGUGGACUCUCCUCAAGUUGGCGGAUCUCCUGAUCAGGCCUCAUGAGGAGAUCUUCCAAGAGAAGAUGCCGCAACUCAAGAUACACCUUCCGCCGACUCCUGUUGUUGAGACGCCCCCGCCUUCCUCGGCAUCAAUUAGGAUGAAGCCUCCUCGUCCGCCUGGCCGCUCCCAAGUUCCAGACAGCCCUGCUAUUUCCUCGACACCCAAGUUGAGGCUUGCGCCACCCGCUCCUCCUACCCCGCGCACCGCAAUGGAACCGCCCAAGCGUCCUCCCCCGCCUGCACGCCCCGCACCCGCACCCUCGCCAUCGGCACCGGCACCGGCCGCGAAGGCGUCGAAGCCUAAGCAUCAUAAGCCUGCUCCGCCUCCGCCACCACCAGCAGGUCGUCCGAACAGGCAGAAUGUGCGGCCCCAGAAGGCACAGACGAGCGGGAUGGACAUGAACGACUUGAUCAUGUGUCGAAACGCGUUGAAGAAGCUGAAGGUGCAUAAGCGCGCGAAAUUCUUCCUGAAGCCGGUCGACCCUGUGCGGGAUCUUGCGCCGAAGUAUAUCGACAUUAUCAAGAACCCGAUGGACCUUGCGACGAUGGAGAUCAAGCUCGAGCAAGGGCACUAUGCGGAUAGGAACGCAUUCCGCAAGGACUUCGAACUCAUGAUCAGCAACGCGAAGACAUUCAACCCUCCUGGGUCCUUGGUGCAUAUGGAGGCGAUCAACUUUGAGACUUUCUUUGAGAAGCACUGGGCAGCAAUGACCAGAACACUCGAAGGCAGAGCCCAGGAGGCCGCUAUGGCCAAUCUCCGUGCCGACCAGGCCCCUCCUACCCCUGUGCCCCGCCCAGUGGUUGCCGGUCCUCGUAGGAUAUCAGCGCCUCGUCCACUAUCUCCUGCACUCGCUGCCCCGGCGCCAGCCACGCCAGCAGAACCCAAACCUCGCCCAACCAUCAAGCUCAAACUUGGUGGCUCGAGCAAGCCCGCGGCUGAGACCCCUGUCAAGAAGCCCACCAAGGCGAAGGCGAAAGCUCGCGUCGCUCCAUCCGACGUUCCUACUGAUCCACCACCGCCGUACGAGGACGAUGGCACGGGCGACCUUCUGGAGGAGGUGCUCGCUGUCGAGCAGGAGCGCGAGCAACAACGGGAGCAAGAGAGGGAGCAGAGGCGAGAGCAGAAGCGCUCUGCACCUCCGGGCAAGCGGAAGAAGUCGCCGGAUGCGCUUGACGAGGAUGAGAUUUUGGAGUUGGCAUCGCCCGCGAAGAAGGAGCGACGUGCGCCGUCACCUGUGCCUGCUCCGGUAUCGACGCCUCGUCCGACCAUCAAGAUCAAGCGCGAGAAGCCUCCUGCACCAUCACCUCGUACCAUCUCUGCUCCACGCCAAGUGCAGGCAGCGCCUGUACACGCUCCCGCGCCGGCUCCAGCUCCAGCACUACCCCCUCCAGCCCCCGUCCCAGUCGCCACUCCCUCCCGUCCCACACCAGCACCCCCUGCCACCCUCGCCGUCGCAUCGCUCAAGGGCAAAGAGCGGCAAGUCUCUUCACAUCCUCCAUCACAUCCUCCUUCUCGUGCUCCGUCAAGAGCAGCCUCGCAUGCCACCGGGCCAGGUCCCUCUACCCCUAGUGGGCCGAGGACAACGGUGUAUGCGGCGACGCCUAUCAACGAGAAGAAAUGCCGCGAGGUGCUCAAGACGCUUUCCAAGUCGGAGUUCUACCCCAUCUUCGCCCAGCCCGUUGAUCCCAUACGCGAUGGUUGUCCUACGUACUACACGGAAAUCGAGCAUCCUAUGGACUUCUCGACGAUGGGCAAGAAGCUCACGGAGGGCAAGUACCAGACGAUGGAGGAUUUUCGCAAGGACGUCGAGCUCAUCUUCAAGAACUGCCGCAAGUUCAACCCGCCGUCGACGUUCCCGACGCAGUGCGCGGACAAUGUCGAGGCGCUGUUCAAGAAGGAGUGGGCGAAGGCGAUGGAGAAGAAGCUAUCGUACUCGGAGAAGCGAGGGUUGCAGUCUGUCUUGCGGGACCUGAAGACCCAUCCAUCAUACUUUAUCUUCGCCGAGCCUGUAGAUCCCGACCUGCUGGGCGUCCCGACCUACUACAACAUCAUCCCGAAGGAGAAGGCGCGCGAUCUGCGGACGAUCCAACAGAAGCUCGAAGCGGACAAGUACGAAACUGUGCAGGCGUUCGAGGCGGACUUGGAACUCAUGAUCCAGAACGCGCUCACGUUCAACGGGGAGACGUCCGAGGUCGGGCAGGCGACGUUGCGCAUGCGGGACGGCAUACGGUCGGCGAUGGCGAGCUUCCGGGCGAAGGGGACGAAGCGGAAGGACGGGGGAGAGAAGGGGAGCUCGCAGCCGGCGAAGAAGAUGAAGAUGUCUGCGUGAAUGUUGUGUAUUAUAGUCAGCUAUUAGCGUACAUAUAGUAAUUUGGGACUGGACAGUUACAGUAGUGCUCGGUGGUUUAGAGAUUGUCGAACGAUCGCAUUGUACUUAAGCACAGAGACGGAUGUAUGCCCGCGAACGAGGAAUGUGCAAAGAUAGUGUUAUACAUGGCCGCCUGG